GAAUCAAAGGAAGUAUCAAAGAAACGGUAGUCUGCGUUGCAGCUGGACGACGGACGAGAUCAACAGAUCGCAGCUCCUUUUUUUAUCUCUUCCUUUUUUUUUAGGUUAAGGGACCUCCUUUCCAGCCUUGCAUGUGCAAGCACCUUUUUUUUUCUCUUUCCAUAAUCACUACGGCAAGUAUCAUCACAACUCUCAUCUCUUAGUCGCCAUGCCACCCGCCACAGAAAUGCAGGCGAUGGAGAUGGACAUGGUGCAGGGCAUGUACGACACCUACACCCUCCUCUCCGACGACCCGCCUUCCUUCUGCGUCUGCCUCGCCGCCACGGAGGAUGAGCCACCCCAGCUGAAGGUCACCAUCGUGUACCCCACCGCGGACUACCCCGAAACGGCGCCGUGCACCGUGCUCAUCGAGUGUAUCGCGAAGACGCGGCGUAUCCAGGUAGGCAACAUCGCGAAGCAAAUCGCUGCCACCUGUGAGGAGAACAUCGGCAUGCACAGCGUCAUCUUAGCCCUGCAGCAGAUUCAGGAGUUUCUGUCGCACGCCGUGGAGGAGGAGGAAAAGGCAGAUCUGCUGCGGCGCGGGGAGGUGAUGGCGGUAGAGGCCGGGAAGCGGGCGGGGCCGGUUGAGGACGACCCCACGAUUCGCCUCGGCACCGCCGUCACGCGGGAGCUCUUUGCGGAAUGGAGUCGAAAGCACAACGCCGAGAAGGCGAAAAUACGAGCGGAGCGAGAGAAGCGCGAGGCGAAGGUGUCGGUGUCGAAGCUGACGGGGCGUCAGCUGUGGGACAACAGUCUCAAGUCGGCGGACUGGGCGUUGUUUGGCGGGGAAGGCGAGGAGGAGGAGGGCGGCGAGGACGUGGACUUCGACGCGCUGGGCGAACUGAACGAGGAUGAAUUUGAUCUCGAGUAG